GCUUCCUCUGUAUAGUUCCCGUAGCCAGCUGAGCUAAGCUCGCCCCGUCAAGAUGGCGGCGCUCGAGGAAGAGGUGCAAGCGCUGCUUGACGGGGACUCAUUGCCCGAGGAGAAUGUCUGUUCUGCGCGGAAGCCGAUGUCGGCAUUGUGCGACCCGCACCGGCUGGCUCAUCGGAUGUUGGUCCUGUCACUCAUGUGCUUUCUGGGCUUCGGCAGCUACUUUUGCUAUGACAACCCAGCAGCUUUGCAGACACAAGUUCAAAAGGAUAUGAAAGUGAACACGGCUGCAUUCAUGGCACUCUAUGCCUGGUAUUCUUGGCCCAAUGUGGUUCUCUGUUUCUUUGGAGGCUUUAUGAUAGACAGAGUCUUUGGAAUAAGGUGGGGCACAAUAAUAUUUAGCUCUUUUGUCUGUGUUGGACAGGUUAUUUUUGCUAUGGGAGCAAUAUGUAAUGCUUUUUGGCUGAUGGAAACUGGCAGAUUUGUAUUUGGGAUUGGUGGAGAGUCCUUAGCAGUGGCACAAAAUACCUAUGCUGUCAGUUGGUUUAAAGGAAAAGAAUUAAACCUUGUGUUUGGACUACAACUCAGUAUGGCUAGAAUUGGGAGCACUGUCAAUAUGAAUAUUAUGGGAUGGGUGUACUCCAAAGCGCAAGAUCUGCUUGGUUCUACAGGUCACACCACUCUUGGUGUAGCACUCUUGAUAGGUGGUGUGUCAUGCAUCUUUUCUCUAGUCUGUGCUCUCAUUCUUGCUUAUCUGGAUAAAAGAGCAGAGAAAAUUCUUUGCAAAGAGCAGGGGAAAACUGGUGAAGUGAUUAAAUUAACCGAUGUGAAAGACUUUUCGUUGUCCUUAUGGCUGAUAUUUAUUAUCUGUGUUUGUUACUAUGUGGCCGUCUUCCCUUUCAUUGGACUUGGAAAGGUUUUCUUCAUCGAGAAAUUCAGGUUUUCUCCUCAAGAGGCAAGCGCAAUCAACAGCAUUGUGUAUAUCAUAUCGGCACCCAUGUCUCCAGUCUUUGGAUUCCUUGUAGACAGAGUUGGAAGGAACGUCACCUGGGUUAUAUGUGCUGUAGUGGUUACUCUAACUGCUCACAUAAUGUUGGCUUUUACUUUCUGGAACCCUUGGAUUGCCAUGUGUUUCCUGGGAGUAGCUUAUUCCCUGCUGGCCUGUGCCUUGUGGCCUAUGGUAGCUUUUGUUGUCCCUGAACACCAGCUUGGAACUGCUUAUGGCUUCAUGCAGUCCAUCCAGAAUUUGGGUCUAGCCAUCAUUGCCAUUGCAGCUGGUAUGAUACUGGAUUCCCGAGGCUAUCUGUUCCUAGAAAUCUUCUUCAGUGCUUGUUUGUGUUUGGCCCUCAUUGCUGUUGUCAUGCUGUACUUUGUGAACCUCCUCAGAGGAGGUGACCUUAACUGGUCUGCAAAGAAAAGGGAAAAACUGCAGAAGCUAGCUGUGACUGAGCAUACCCCGCUUUAACGUACGCAAUGGGACCGGAGCGUAAAAGAAAUCUGAAUGGGAAAUAUCUUCCAGAAGCCAGGAGCAGUUGAUCAGCAGCAUGUCCAGUUGAAGAGUGUUUUGAUGUAUGUGUGUGAACAACUUGAUGCACAGAGCUUGGACAAAAUUGCUGAUUUGGAAAACUUAAUAACAUGCCUUGACCUUGUUAGGCCUGGACUUGUAUGAACUAUCAAAUUUGCCUCUUUGUCAAGGCACUUGGACUGCAGUUGAAUCUAAACUCUUGUAUUUGUAUCUACACAUCACUGAAGAGACUUAUUGUUGAACUGAAGUUGUCUUCACCUUGUCGGAGCAGAUCUUUUGGUACAUGGGCUGCACUUUAAAUCUUUGUAUUGUGGAGCAGUGAUGGUUUGCCUACUAAUAAUGGCAUGUUGUAAUUCAAUUUUUACUAUAAUUUGUAUUCUGAUGGUUGCCUUACAAAAUUAAUCUUUCUUUAAGUUCUUAUUGCAAAUGGUGGUUUCGUAAUAAAAGCGUGGUAAUGCCUUGGAGGAUCACUUCAAACUUUAAAUGAGAUCUUGGUAAUCAAAGUGUGCUGAUAGACUGAUUUGGACAAAUACAAUGUAGAAGUAAAUACGAUGUCCUCUGAGAGAACAGAUGACUUCUCUAACAGGCUGCUAAGCAGUCUAUCUUGGGUAGGGGAAUUUGUCUCCUGUUUUGCCAGCUGGAACUGUAUUCUGUCUUAAAGCAUACAUUUUUUGUUAAAGGCAAAGCUUAAACCUUGACUGACAAGGUUAAAACUUGCUCUUUGCAUUGAAAUGUUCACCUUUAUAAAUAAAUAAUGAAGAAGA